AUGACCGACCUUUUCUCUCAGUACCAGAUUGAUUGUAUUCCUGACCAGGAUGGAAAGUCCGAAAGACAAGUAAUCCAGGUAUAUGGCAUUUAUAUGCAUGCACAGUUUGGCAGAAUAUGGGAUGCCUUGGGUAGCCAUCUUGCACGCAAGGGCAGAGAAUAUCAUAGAAGGUGUACCUUUCAGAAUAGACCUGUCCUUUCUGAAGACAGCGCGAUUCUGCCUGCAUCAUUCCCACCAGCUGAACUUGAGCCAGAAUGCUCAGGAAGCCCACUUGAUCUCAGUGAUAAAGACAUGGUUGAGUAUUUUGAGUUGUCAUUUGUGCGGUCAUUGACUCAUGACAUAGCUUCACCCUUUGCUUGUAAAUAUGUCACAUUCUCACAAGCGCUUCUGCAUGGUCUCAUCGCAAACCAAGACGUAGAGCACGUCUUUAAGCUCACACCACAAGAACAAAAUAUUGUCGAGUGCACCACGUCAAGUUACGUCUUGGGUCGCAGCGGCACAGGAAAAACCACGACGAUGUUGUUCAAGAUUCUCGGUAUUCAAGUGCUCGCUAUGAGAGCAGAGGAGUAUUUCACAAAGCUUCUCGAAUCUCUGGCAUUAGCAGGUUAUACCCUGGAGGAACUUGCAAAAAUGAAGGCACAAAGUGUUCAGGAGGGCCUUGUUGAUCUCGACGACCUGCCAGAAUCACAGAUGAGUAUACCCAUGACAUACAGCGAGCUUGAGGACAAGCACUUUCCCCUUUUUGUAACUUUUGAUCGACUGGCGAAAAUGGUCGCAACAGAUAUCUUGAGCAAGAAAGAUAGCGCAGGACUUUUCUUCAAUGUGGACGAUGCUGAGGCGCAAGACUGUUUCGUCAUUUAUGACGUAUUCGCGAAUCAAUACUGGCCUCAUUUUCCACAGAAUCUCACUAAGAAUCUUAAUCUGUGGUUGGUUUUCAGUGAAUUCAUGGAAAUUGUCAAAGGCUCCGAACAUGCGCUGACUUGUCAAGGAGUUCUCGAUCGCCCAAACUACAUCUGUCUUCCUCAUCGUUCUUACCCAAAUUUUGCUAAUCAGAGGGAAAUUCUAUAUGACAUCUUCAAGUAUUAUACAAAAAUUAAGAGGCAGCGACGUCAUCAUGAUGUUGCAGACCGUGCACAUGCGAUACUAAAGGUCUUGCGAAGCCAAAGGUUCCCUGGCCAACAUAUUGAUUAUAUCUAUGUGGACGAUGUACAAGACAUCCUUCUGAUCGAUGCCCUCUUUUUGAGGCAAUUAUGCGGGCAUCCAGAUGGUUUGUUCUGGGCUGGUGACACCGCACAGACAAUCUCUGCAGGAAGUUCCUUUAGGUUCAAUUAUCUGAAAGUGUUUCUCUACCGCAUGGAGCAGCAAAAUACCUCGAUCAAUUCCACUGGAGCAUGUCUUCAUCAACCUACGAUGUUUCAAUUGAUGACAAACUACAGAUCGAAUGGUGGCAUUGUCAACUGCGUGAAUUCUGUGAUCGAACUCAUCACAAAAUUUUGGCCCAACACAAUCGAUGGUUUCCGGCAAGAAAAAGAGGUGGUUGGUGGGCUCAAGCCUGUAUUUUUUACUGGUUGGGACAAAGAUGCCCUUUGUUAUGAACAGUCAUUCUUUGGGGCGAGCGGUAGUCACGUUGAGUUCGGAGCCCAGCAAUGCAUUCUCGUGCAUGACGAUGCAGCACGUCAGAAGUUACGAGACCAAGUUGGUCAAAUUGGACUAAUUAUGAUGCUUUAUGAGAGCAAAGGCAUGGAAUUCGAUGAUGUGCUGCUGUACAACUUUUUCGAGGAUUCUGCUGUAGAUCUGUCACAAUGGCGCAUAGUUCUCAAUAGGGUAGAGGGUCAAAGAUAUGCACCAAACUUUGAACGAGAUGAGGCACAAUACGCUAGGGUUUGUAGCGAGCUCACACUUCUUUAUGUGGGGAUCACUCGAGCAAGGAAGAACCUAUGGAUCGUUGACAAAUCUGAUAGAUCAGAGCCAAUGCAUAUAUUCUGGACGUCUCGCAACCAGAUCUAUAAUUGUGUCCCUGGCACCAAUGUCCCUCACCUAGCUGUCUCCUCGAGUCCGGCAGAAUGGGCAUCCUUCGGGCACUCACUAUUCUCGCACAAGCGCUACUCGCAGGCUAUCCACUGCUUCGAACGUGCCAACCUUCAUUGUGAAGUGAAGGUCUGUGAAGCAUAUCAACUCCGAGAAGUCGCGCGUUCUAGUGUCGGAGUAGCCUUACUCGACGACCAAAAAAGAAUUUUUAACGUGGCUGCUGAUGCCUUUGCUGAUUCAGGAGAUGAUCUUAAAGCUGCCGAGGCCUAUUUAAAUACUCAAGAGUUCGAGCAAGCAGCGAAAAGAUAUCGCAAGGCUGGACGGUUUGACAAGACCCUCCAUGUCCUUCAUGACCAUGGCAUGGAUAUACCUGACGAGACCAAGAUGGAGUUAUGGACUGUGUGCAGACUGUUUUACUGCAGCAGGAACAACGCUCAGGCUCCCUUGCCCCUCUUCUCCGCAAUUGAUGAACAACUCGAAUUUCUGGAGGACUAUGAUCUUGAUUACGCUCGUGCAUCACUACUUGAAUCUCACUCGAGGUACUAUGAGGCCGCAGAGCUCCACUUAUCAGAGAAUAGACCCCUGGCAGCUGUGCGGGCAUUCAUCAAGGAUGAAAGCAACGUCAAUUCUACUAUUCGUGCGGCCGAUACUAUAUUGGAAUACUUCUGGCGCAGAUGCUCCUUCAAAAUCAUGGCAAAAUACGUUGUUGAUGAGCCAAUGCGGUAUUUCAUCGCUAUCGCUGAUCAGCUGGAGAUGAACAAACUAACGCUGGCCACGCGUGAUUUAAUAUCGAUGUUUCAAAACAUCUUGCACGGAAAUCAUGAGCUGUUGAGAAAUCUUGUGCUUAACUUCCAUAAACAGGAUAUUCGAGCUUUCACGGUCGAUGAAAUGCAAUGGUUCCUUCAACAAUUUCACGCCUAUGCGCGACUGCUCUAUCUGAUUUUGACCUUCCCUGACCCCAUGGAGCAUAGGGGUAUUCAGAGACUAUUCUUCAUUGUGCGGUUGUCCGAUGAUGAGUUUCUCAUACCAGAUAGAACCUUCCUCCACAACAACGUGAUGGAAAUCUGCCAGGGCAUCAUUUGGGUAUCGGAACAUCCGUCCAGAUACACAGCUUCUCGUAGAGUCGUCACCCAGCUGCUACAACAAUCCAUUCGAACGAUCUUGAAAGACAAAAUAUCGGAGAUCGAUGAUAUGUGCUGCAAAUCUCCCGUUUUCUCGCAAUGCCUGGAAUUCCUGAUAUCUGGAGUAUGUCGAAGAGAUAUCUGUCCCAAAGAGCAUGUUGCAGUAUCGAAAUUGGAUCACCAGUAUUACAACAAGCAAGUUGCCAUCCACAUCUGGCAGAUCCUGAUCUUGCAAUUCAUGUAUCCGCCUCACCCAUACAUUGAGCGACGCAAAAGCAUGAGGGACUGGCUCAAGCAUCUCUACAAGGCUAUCAAUCCACCGUUAUUCAUUCAAGGUUCCACUGCGGACCUCGACAUGAACCUGAUGCCUCUUCGUCUAGAUGGCAUGAAAGUGGCUGAAUUUUUGACGGUGUUGAUGGGAAUAACCAGUCUUAGUUUUGCUUUUGACAGAAACGACACACCUGACUACAUCUCUCGAGCAAAGUGUACGAUCUCCGGACCAUUCAAAUUCGCUCGCAAGGAGGACAAUCGCUAUAUGGUUCAUGACCUGCUCAAUUCUUACCAAGGAGCUACCUGCAGCAGCAUCUCAUCAGGGAUUUUGUAUAUUCUACAUAUCCUUGAUAAUCGUUUAUAUGUCAACCUCUCGGUGUUGUGCGACUGUAUCGAGGACGUCUGCAGUGCUUUUGUAAUCAACUAUCGAAUGGACCCCACCUUUAACAGGUUUCCUCUUCAUAAUGUCGUCCUUCCAUGUAACUGGCUACUGUUUCCCCACACAUUCACCAUGGAGAAGGACACUAAGCUGUUUUUGAUGGGCAAGCUUCUGGAUGAAAUAGCGAGGCUGGUCGAAGCAUUGCAUGUAGAAGCCGACAUGGUUGCUCAUAACAUCAAGAAUUGUUUGAUGAGAAACAAAGUAGACAAUAUCAUUCUUUCUCUGCACAAAAAGACUCCUCCUUCAAAUCGGCAUCCAGUUAAUUAUUGGAAACUCGUGGAUGACGUGGUCGAGUGCAUGACACCCUUGCCAGGAUGUAUGCCACUUCCAGACGGUUACCUGCGAGCUCUCCUGGCUUUCGAGAAUAAUACAGGAGUGGGAAACCUGGUGCAUCUUGUUCACAAAAUGAUGAACCAGCAUACCCUAGUCUAUACUGGUAUAGACCGACGGCUCAUAUACGAGAAGACCAUCGAGAUCCCCCAUCUCCUCUCAUCGUACGCAGUGAUUGCACGGUCUACCCCGAGAGUAGAGGCCCCUGCCUUUGUACCUGGUGUAGGACAUUGCAAGGACCGACUAGAGGUCAUGCAGCAUGAUGAGAAUGAGAUAACGGAACCACGACCUCAAGAUUUCGAAGGAGAAGAAGAAGGGGAAGAGGAUGUCACGGCGAAUGCUGAUACUGAGACUCAUGAUGUGUGGGAGACUUGGGAUGUGGCGGCGACAUUGCUCGCACCUGAUCUUGACGAGUCGCUAUGCACCAAUGGACCAUCGGUGGAGGAGGAAGAGGCGGCUUGCAAAAUUCAGAACACAUACCGCCGUUACGUCAGAUGCCGCUCGAGUCGUGCAGUCAAUGCCGAAAUUGACGUGACAUUCAUGACAUGCCUGAAGGAGACGCAGUCCCCUGAAUGGUGUUCGGGUUAUUACACCUUCCUUUUCCUUGGACCGUUGCCUCACCUUCUGGUGUGCUUGGAACGAGGCAUUGCUCUGACUCACGCUGCAAAAGCAAAGAUGAAAGGCCUUCUCAACAAGGAGUCUCAUGAGAAGCUUGAGGAGUUGAGCAAGCAGAGAAGCGAGCUAGUAGCCCUCCUCAAGAAGGGAUUGAGAUUAUGCAUGCAGCUAGAACCUUCCUCAUCUGCUCACCAUGCCCGUGACAUUGAUGCACUCAGAUCUGGAGCUCUAGAAGUCCAGCAAUUCAUGCAGGGGGUUCCCGGCAACAUGAAAGAUAUGCAAUCCGACUUUCAAAUAGCCUAUAAGGGCAUUGUUGCAAAGAAUGUUCAUGUGGGAAGGAGACAUAGAUACCUCUCAAUGUCGAGGAUAUAA